CGGCCCAUCAACCUGAACCAUUACGCCACCAAGAAGAGCGUAGUGGAAAGUAUGCUCGACGUGGCGCUCUUUAUGUCCAAUGCCACGCGACCGAAAGCGGUGUUGGAACAGGGGCCACCUUCCCGGUACUGCACCACCCUGUCACCCUCAUCGCUGUCUCUGCUGCUGCAGGCGGUCAUUGGAAUCCUCCUCGCGGUCAUCGCGUGGCUGAACCUGAACAAGGUGGGAAACCAGGGCCGACUCAACCGGCUCAACAAGGCUGCCACCACCUUGGUGUUCAUUACUGUAGUCAUCAACGUCUUCAUCGCAGCCUUCAGGGCACACAAGACAGGCUUCUCCGCUGCUAGGGGAGGGAGCGACCGUCGCCAGCGCCCAGAGCACUCUCCCAGCAUGCCAUCCUCCCGCAAUGCCAAGCUCUGCUCUCGGCUCCUGCGGAGCCCACUGAGUGGACAUCACAGCUCCGAAUGCUGCGCUCUUGACCACCACAGCAUGCCACCUGGACUGGCCCGAGUGACCUCCUGGGGCCGUUGCGUGUCCCACAAGCCCUUUCUCACGGCAUAG